AUGUUAACAUCUGUCGUCUGCUCUUGCAUUCGAAACGGGAAAAGAGUCUCGGCCCGUUUAGCAAAGUUGUCCCCGUUUUUAACGGAAAGCAGCUCGACCCAGACCGUGAAUCUGAAGGGUGGACACCGGUCAUCAGGACUCCUCUCACCGGCUCCCUGGCACCUGCUAUCCGCCAGAUCGGUGUCCCUGUCAGCCGCUUCACAUGGAGCUACAAAGCCUCUGGACUCCCCUUUAGCUCCAGCCGAGGACGACCCCACGAAACGGGAGAAGUUCGGCGCCUUCUCCACCGACAUAUCCUCCAGGAGGUCGUUCAGGAAAACCAGCCCUGACCUGCAGGAUCUGAAGCAUCAAGAGGCGGAGGACUACCCGGAGGUGGGGAAACCCUACCCGAGGACCGCCAGGAGAAACACACCGUACUGGUACUUCUUAGAGUGCAAGAAGCUGAUCAAAGUAAACAAGCUGCAGGAGGCUAUAGAUCUUUUCAGCGGAGACAUGCUGAAGGGAGAGAGGCUGCAGCCGGAGGAAUUCAACUACACCAUCCUGAUCGGAGGCUGUGGGCGAGCUGGACAACUCAAGAGGGCCUUCAGACUCUACAAUGAUAUGAAGAAGCGAGGUCUGGUUCCUAAUGAUGCCACCUACACUGCACUGUUCAAUGCCUGCGCUGAGACGCCAUACAAAAAAAUGGGGCUCCAGCAAGCGUUGAUGUUGGAGCAAGAACUCCGUCGCAUAAACGUCCCCCUCAGCACCAUCACGUACCACGCGCUUCUCAAGACGCACGCCAUCUCAAACAACCUUCAAGCUUGUAUUCAAACAAUCAGGGAGAUGCUACAAAACGGCCAUGUUGUAACUCAGGAGACGUUUCACUACCUGCUGAUGGGAUGCUUGAAGGACAAAGAAACUGGAUUCAGACUGGCUUUACAGGUUUGGCGCCAGAUGCUGAGAUCAGGGCUUCUUCCGAAAACAUACAACUAUAACCUGCUGCUGCGAACUGCAAGGGAUUGUGGGAUUGGCGAUCCUGCCCAGACCUCUGCCGUGCUGCUGAAGCCCGACCAGGGGCACGAGGAGAAACGUUUGUCAAAGUUACAAUCCACAGAAAAGUUGCUCCUAAACAUUGACCUCCUGGAGAGGCAGCUGUGUUUCCAGCCUGAUGCUCGCAGUGACAGUCAGCAGGACGGCAGAGGCAGCGAAGAAGAGUCUAACAUAAAACAAGACUCAAGCCAUUUGGUGCCAGUCAGACAAAUAGAAAUGUCCCCACUGCCUGUGGACUUAGCAGCAGACUCUACACCCCCUAACCUACUGGACCUUUUUGAGGGUAAGAGGCUUGCUGUGGUCUCCCUCGGCACCGUAGCUGGAGCAGCAGAUAGGCUCGCCCUCAUCGGAGGAGCUAAAGGUUUCCUGGAGAAGAUGGAAGCUAAGAGCCUCAGUCCGGACCUGAAGACCCUGUCGCUGCUGGCCGACACCAUGGAGCCGGGAUAUGAGUCCCUGCAGAUGCUCCUGAGGGUCGCCAAGAAGCACAAAGUGAAGCUCGACGUUGCGUUCUUUAACUCUGUGAUUCGCAGAUCAGCCAGAACAGGUGACCUGGAGGAGGCGAAGGGUGUGUUAAGUGUGAUGCGACAGCGUAAUGUAAGUGUGGAUGUGCAGACCUUUGGGAGUCUAGCGUUGGGCUGUGAGCGACAGGAGGACGGGCUGCAGCUGCUGAAAGACAUGGAGGAAGCAGGGUUCAAACCUAAUGUCCAGGUGUUCUCUGCUCUGAUUGGCCGAGCAAGUCGGAGACUGGAUUACGUUUACCUCAAAACAUUGCUCAAAAGCAUGACAAGCAUGGGGGUGGCCCCUAAUAAAGUCAUCAUCAAACAGCUGGAGUUUGCCUCACAAUAUCCUCCCAACUAUAACCAGUACAAGUCCAGAAACAACUACCUGGUGCAUAUCGAGGGUUUCCGUGGUUUCUACCAGCAGUGGCUGAGAUUCAUGCCUGGUCAGAGCGCUGAGGAGGAGCUGCAGCCUGAGGCGGAGGAUGAGGAGCCUAACACAGACGCUGCAGAUGGACUGACGAAGAGCCAGAGUAAUCAGAAAGCAGCAGGCAGGAGAUAUGGCUCUCGUAACAAGGACAAGACGCACAGCGAUGCUCUGUAACAGCACUCUCUGAAAAUGUCUCUUCAUCUCCUCGGUGGGUUUGCCUUCAGCUGUGUAACCCUGGAUGGACUUCGGGUUAAUGUUGUAGCUCAUGGACCCAUUGUCAGUUGAUGUAAAGCAAAAGCGUUUUCCUCCAAAGUGUGAUGUUAUUGAAAUUUAUAUUGCAAUUUAAAUAAAUAGUUUGAGAAAUGUAGCAUUAUCUUGGUUGUGAAUUACAUUAUAUUAAAAUUGUUUAACAUUU